GCGGCGAGAACGAGAAGAGCCCGCCGCUCUGUAUCUAAGCUUAGCUACCUCUGCCUCGUCUCCUCCUCAGCCUCAACUCGCUCUUCAGAUCCAAACCCCCAUCUAAAAACAAACGGGAGUGUCAGGGCCAGAGAACCAAGCCACCAAAACCCUAACCCUAAGCAUCCCAAUCCCCAAUUCCCCGUCCCAUCAAAACCCUACCUCUGACCGCCGCCGCCGCGAUGGCAGGCUCCUCCGGCACCGCUGCCACCUCCUCCUCCCGCAACCAUCUCAAACAUGACCGGUUCUACUACCCUCCCCACCGCCGCCAACACCAGCAGCAGCAGCAGCAACAGGGCCUGCAGAGCCGGCGGCCCCCGUCGCCGUCGCCCUCCCCGCGGUCAGCGCGGCGGGAGGCGGCGCCCGCGGACGCGGACAGCCGGGCCGACUCCGAUGACUCCUCGUCCACGUCCUCCAAGCGCUCGGCGGAGUCCACGGCGGCCGAGGUGAAUGUGCCGUCGCCUGGGGCCGCGGAGGAGGCUGGGAAUCUGGAUAGGUUUCUCGCGUCCACUACGCCCUCUGUGCCCGUCCGCUACUUGCGCAAGGCAAGCACAGGGCUGUGGAAGAGUGGUGAUGCCAUGGAUUCACCUCCUUAUUUCUGCCUUGAUGAUCUCUGGGAGUCUUUCAGAGAGUGGAGUGCUUACGGGGCAGGUGUUCCCCUGGUGUUAAAUGGCCGUGACUCUGUGAUACAAUAUUACGUGCCAUAUCUUUCUGCUAUCCAGCUGUAUGCUGAUCCUGAUAGGCCUGCUGCAAGAACCAGGCAUCCUGGGGAUGAAAGUGACACGGAAUCUAUGGAUACUAGCAGUGAGAGUAGCAGUGAGACUGAUGUUGACCGAUUAAGAGUAUCAUCCAUGGAAGCUACACAUCGCUUGGAAAAUGGUGGCUUACAAAUUGAUGAUGGCGAAGCUUAUGCAUCUGCAAGUUUUCCAAUAUUUGAGCAUCUGGAGAGGGAUUCUCCUUAUGGUAGAGAACCUCUAACAGACAAGGUAUCAGCUCUUGCAGUUAGAUUUCCAGCUCUGAAGACAUUCAAAAGUUGUGAUCUGCUACCAUCCAGCUGGAUGUCUGUUGCAUGGUACCCCAUAUAUAGAAUUCCAACAGGACCAACAUUGAAGGACCUUGACGCUUGUUUCUUGACAUUCCAUUGCCUAGCAACACCUUCUAAGGAUAGCCAUCCCACUACACUAGCAUGCCCUGGUUUUGAGGGUAUCAACCACUGCCCCAAUGCAACGGGCAAAGUUUCUUUGCCAGCCUUUGGACUGGCGUCUUACAAACUUCGCAGCUCCAUAUGGGCGUCCAAUGGGGCCCCAGAAGAGGAGAGCGUCACCUCCCUGAUGCAGGAGGCUGACAACUGGCUUCGCUGUAUACAUGUAGACCAUCCGGAUUUCCGGUUCUUCGUCUCCCACUUCAGUACGACGUGGAGAUGACUGUAAAUGAUUCUUAGUUAUACAAAUGUUUGCCAAGUCUGAAUUCAGCCGUGCCUUGAGCACAUCUUUCUAUGGCACCCUCUGCUACGGGUUGUAUCAGUUAAAGCUUAUGUUGUAACUUUCUUGUCUCCAAUAAGUUAGCUGCUGUAGGUAAUGUUUUGUGGGAGAGUAAAGAUCGAAAGAACAUUGGAGACUUGUAAAACAUUGAAAAAGGAGAGGCAAAAAAUAAAAUAUUUCAUUUAGUAGAUUACAACA